AUGGAUUCUUCGCCCUCCUCUUUCUUGGAUCGUCUCACUCGGAAUGCACCCGCCCACAACCCCCGUGGCGGGCGGGGCGAGCAGGAGGAGCGCGAGGACGAGGGGCAGGUGGAGGCAGCCGUGCCGGUGGCGAGGGAAGUGAGGCGUGCCGAGGCGGUGAGCUUUCUGCCCUUUCCCACGGAAGCCAUCACGCUGGAGCGCGGUCUCACUCUGCUCAAGGUGGCGGCGGUGGUGCAUUUCCAGGACUUCAACGCCGAGGUGCUGCUCAACCUCACCAUCCCCAACCUCACCGCCAACCUCGCUGCCGCCGCCGCUCCCCCCCGCGAGCGCAGGGAGCACGGGGCGGGCAGUGGGGGCGGCGCUGGGGGGGCCGCGCGCGAGAGAGAGGGGCCGUCGUCGCCGUGCUCGCCGUCGGUGACGCCCAAGUCGCCCCUGCCUGACCUGCGCACGCGCUUCUUUGCUGGCGACUGGGCCGCCAUGGAUGGCCUCCUCUCCCUCGCCCAUCCCCCCUCCUCCCCUCUCUCCCUCCCUCCUACUGCUGCCGCUGCCACUGAUACUGCUGCUACUGAUACUGCUCCUACUGAUGCUGCUGGUGGCCUCCCCAAGUGCGGCCGCCAGCACAGGCGGCAGCAAGGAGGUGAAGCAGCCGCGGCACGGCAGGGUGCACAUACAGCCUCCCCCGCCAGCAACCACAUGCCACUGGACGGUGCAUCGGGCACGCCCUCCUUCUGUGCAUCGCCAGGUGGCACGUCGGCAUUGGGUCACGGGGGCGGGAGGGCGGGUGGGGCCGGGGGCGGGUACGACAUCAUGGCCAAGCUGCUCGCCCGCGUCUGUAAGGUGCGCUCCAUGGCCAAGCUGCUCGCCCGCGUCUGUAUGGUGCGCUCCAUGGCCAAGCUGCUCGCCCGCGUCUGUAAGGUGCGCUCCAUGGCCAAGCUGCUCGCCCGCGUCUGUAAGGUGCGCUCCAUGGCCAAGCUGCUCGCCCGCGUCUGUAAGGUGCGCUCCAUGGCCAAGCUGCUCGCCCGCGUCUGUAAGGUGCGCUCCAUGGCCAAGCUGCUCGCCCUCGUCUGUAAGUUGCGCUCCCGUUGCUGUUUGCCAGCAGCACUUUCUCUCAACAACAGCUUUAGUUGGCAAUGUGCCCCUCCUCCACUCUUGCCCCUCCCUUUUUCUCGCUACGUUGAGCAAAGGGACGAGGGCGCAUGGCCUCUGUUUCUAGGCGCGUUAGAUUCCCCUCUGCGUUAG